CGCUCUAGGUGCGUACUAAGGACGUUGAUUGAACAGCAAGACCAAGACGAGGUGAUUUGAUAUCAGAAAGAACAAACAAGGACAAAAGAUCAGUCGUCAGCAGGACCAAUACCCCGACAAUCUACACCAAAGAGAACCCAAAACAAAAACAGGGCUCAAGUGACGAAAUUUAAUAAUUGAUAUUCAAAGCGAAGAACACUACAUUAGAAAUUUGAGCUGUGGUAGUCAAGGGGAACGGAAGUAAAAAAAUAAAAAAAAACACGAAAACUAUUCCGAAAUCAACGUUGUUUAGGAAAUUGUUAUAUCGAUUCGUCAAUAACAAUGAGCUGCAGUGGGAGAAGGUGCGUGUUUCUGCGACGACAGGACUGGGCCCUUGCGUUAUGUGCAGUAGUCAUGAGCUCUAUGGUGCUUUUGGCGAGAGCGGCACCGGCGACCGUCGAGACGGAGCCAGGGUAUGGGUCUGUUAUAGAGGUGACCGAUGAAGAAUUUCGUCCGGCCGGAACCGCAGUACAGGUUCCUGAUUAUUUUACCAGUGGUCGUCAAGCUUACCUAAACAACUUUAAAGAACGAGCCUUGGUCGCCAGCAAAAUACGAGAGUUGGAAAAGGAAAUUGACGAGCUGGACAAACUCGGAUCAAAACUUGCGGAUCAGAUAUCGGCAGUUCAGCGAAAACGCGCUAAUCUUCAGUUUAAAAAACGCCAGAGGAUUGCCUGUCAGGUCUGGAUAGUUUCCUGUUUUGGGAAAUAGAUCAUCUACUUCAGGUGUAUUGACACUGUUAAGUAUGGAUCUCCCUGGAGGUGCAACUGACUGUUCUGAACUGUAGAUGUCGCUGAUAAUGCAGUUGAGACCACCUUGACUGUUCUAAACUGUAGGUGUCGCUGCAAAGACAGUCAAGGACGCCUCGACUGUCAACUACUGUAAAUAGCUAUGGAUAUUGUGCGUCCUGUUCAAAAGGUAGUCACCAUUUUUUUCAUGAAAAGAAAAUGUAAAUCUUAUUUGAGAGCUUUCGUAGCUUUCAGGAGAGAAGAUUCAGGCAACUUCGCUCAUCUGCACAUGGCAAUUUCACUAAAAGACAGAUUUUGAUAAUAACAUUGAGCAGAUAUAUUUUUGAUAUAUAAUGAUGACUGAUCCGAGGCUAUCAAACGGAUUCCGGGAAAUACUUAAUCCAUGCCAUUAGCAUGGUACUUUGAGUUAAAUAGGUUUUAAGUUAAGGAACUAGGGGCACUGGAUUUCAAAAGGACACUUUUUGUCAAAGAACUUUAUAGUUUAGGUUUCAAUAUUUUCAAACCCCAUCCACUCUCUUCUGAAGCAAGUUUCCAUAAAAAUAUUUCACAGGUGAAUGAAGAAACACAACAGAAAGAUACUGUACACGUAGCUGUCACAUGACUCUUAAUACACACCAUGCUAAUGAUGACAGAUCCAAAGCAAACCCGGUCAAUAGUGAAAUUGUAGUAUUGAA